CUGGGGGGGCUCUAUUUAGUAGUAGUAUUUGCUCAUAUUACUCCUAUUAUAUUUCCAUAUCUCUUUGCAUGGCUUAGCCGAAAGGAUGUGAUCAUAGUAAUUCAAAAGCUAAUUACAUUAAUAUUUUUACGGAGCAAAUUUCCAUACUCCCUGGUUAUUUUUAAAGUUACAAAAAUUUACUUGUUAUAUCAUCGGACCAAAAACAUGUUGUCAAAUGAUCUCUCCUCCCUCUUGAAAUUUCGAGUUGGAUUGUAAUGAAUCUGGAUGCUGUAGUCAGAGAAACACUUUAAUGCAGAUGAACAAACUUUUUCUACUUUCAUUUCUCUCCUGAGAGCCUCUCUUACCCUUCCGCUUCCACUCCUACUCAGUUCCAUGUAAAGUAUUGAUUCAUACAGUUAUUAUCCGUUAAAGAGUUUCGAGAAGGAAAAAGAAAUGCACUCAUUUUCUUCUCCCCCUCCUUCUUCAACCUGCACCAGCUCCAAGUACACUCUUCUUUCUCCUCAAAAUUCCAAUCCCUUAAUAUUCCAUUUGGUCGUUCCCUUCAAGACCCUCCAUCCCUCUUCUUCGCAUUCUCAGUUAAGUCCCGUUUGUUCCCAUGAAUCAUCAUCACCACCACUUCUUCAAGAAAGCCCACAAAGAUUUCAACCUCAGGCCGAUGAUAUUAUUGUUCGAGAAGAUGAUUUUGAAGUCGCUGAAAAGAUCAGGACUGCCAAGAAGUCCUUGGAGGAGUUGCUUGUUGUUCGCCGGCCAGUGAAGGAGAUUACUGCGGAGGAGGAGGAGGAGGAAGAGGAAGAAGAAGAAAUAAUUGAGUCCGAGGAUGAAGAAGUUGAGGAAGAGAAAUCGUCCGUUUCAUCAAUGCCAUUUGAUGCUAAACUUUCUAAAUUCGCAAAGAAGAUGCCUAUUUUUGAGCCAGAGAGGGUAGAACAGAUCCCCGGUGGUAAACCGCUGACAAUUAAUUUGGACUUAGCUCUGUAUCGAGCUAAAAUAUUGGCACGUAAUUUUCAGUAUCAAGCAUCAGAAAAGAUACUUCAGAAGUGCAUAUACUAUUGGCCGGAAGAUGGGAGAUCAUAUGUAGCUUUAGGCAAGAUUCUGAGUAAGCAAUCUAAAAUGGGUGAAGCCAGGGCUGUUUAUGAAAAGGGAUGCCAGGCUACACAGGGAGAAAACCCGUACAUUUGGCAGUGCUGGGCUGUUCUGGAAAAUAAGAUGGGUAAUAUAAGGAGGGCUAGAGAAUUGUUUGACGCUGCUACAGUUGCUGAUAAGAGGCAUAUUGCUGCCUGGCAUGGGUGGGCAGUCUUGGAGCUGAAACAGGGCAACAUUAAGAAGGCAAGGAAUCUUCUUGGCAAAGGUCUGAAGUUUUGUGGUGGAAAUGAGUACAUAUACCAAACGCUUGCAUUGCUUGAAGCUAAAGCGAGGAGAUAUGAACAGGCCCGCUAUCUAUUCAGGCAGGCAACUAAGCGUAAUCCAAAAAGCUGUGCCAGUUGGCUCGCAUGGGCUCAACUGGAGGCACAGCAGGAAAACAACCCUGCAGCAAGGCAGCUUUUUGAGGCAGCGGUGCAGGCUAGUCCUAAGAAUAGGUUUGCUUGGCAUGUCUGGGGAGUCUUUGAAUCAAAUUUGGGAAAUAUAGACAAAGGAAGGAAACUUCUGAAGAUAGGACACACUGUAAAUCCAAGAGAUCCAGUUCUUCUUCAAUCCCUUGCUUUGUUGGAAUACAGAUACUCCAAUGCAAAUCUUGCUAGGAUGUUGUUCAGGAAGGCAUCUAAACUGGAUCCGAGGCACCAACCAGUUUGGAUUGCUUGGGGAUGGAUGGAGUGGAAAGAAGGAAACAUCUCUACAGCUAGGGACUUGUACCAGAGAGCCCUCUCAAUUGAUUCUACUACUGAAAGUGCUGCCCGUUGCCUUCAGGCUUGGGGUGUUUUGGAGCAAAGAAUUGGCAAUUUGUCAGCAGCUCGAAGACUAUUUAGAUCUUCAUUGAACAUAAAUUCUCAGAGCUAUGUAACCUGGAUGACUUGGGCAUCCCUGGAAGAAAACCAAGGGAAUUCUGUACGUGCGGAGGAAAUCCGUAAUUUAUACUUUCAGCAGCGUACUGAAGUUGUUGAUGAUGCUUCAUGGGCUAUGGGUUUCUUAGAUAUCAUCGACCCUGCAAUUGACAGCAUAAAGAAACUUCUAAAUUUGGGUCAGAAUCCAUACAAGAAAGCAGUAAAUCCACUCACAGGGUCACCAGGAGCUGAAAAUGGAGACAGUGGAGAAGAAUCAGCAGGGCGAUCCUCUGAUUAUGUCAAAGGUACCAGAAGUGAAGAGGAGUUUGAUCUAGAUAAGUUUGUUCGCGAAAAAUUAUCUUUGGAUCCCUCAGAGCUGGAAGUUCAGUUAGGAACACUAGAAAAAGUUACUGCCGUCAGUAUAAAAUCUCCAAGGAAGGUGUCACUGCUGCAGAGAACGGCUGCUAGACCAUCACCAGACCCCUGAUUCAUGUCGAUACAUAUAUAUGUUGAUUGGCCUGCCCUUAUUUAUUAUUAUUUUACUAAUGUAGUUCAACUGAGAAAUCAUACACAAAAUUGGAUCAUCACAGGUUAUCAACAGUGAUUUCUGAUUUAUAGAAUUUAGUAGUUCAGACAUUUUACACAGACUAUAGCGAGAUUGGAUAAUCACUGUCCUCUCUUUCAUGGACACGGGUUGGAGGUGGAUAUGCAUGUGUGUUAUAUGCAAGAUUAAGGCCUUCUGUUUGUAUGGUUGUCUAACUGAGCUUGUUUGUGAAACA